UGAAAAAAAACAAUCGUAAAUCAUUCAAUUACAUCAUAUUUAAUCCUUUAAUUAAAUAAUUAAUUACUUUUGAAACUAAACCAGUACUUCGAUUACGCAAAUUUGAACUAUAAUACGUUUGAAAAUAAUUAAAUGUAAAAACCACCGCGAUAUUUUUAUUGCGCAACUAUGCCAGUCACACCUACACCAACCCUUCCUGACAUCGACGUUAUUCAUUGGAAACAAACGAAAGUUUAACAGAGCAUUGUAAUUGACAAUGAGUUAAACGCGUGAAGUUGUUUGAGUGAGAAAAAAAACAUGAUUAUCGGAUGAUUACCUUGAGCUUCAACAAAUGUGAAACAGCUGCGUUUCGCAGACUGAAAUGGCUACAGUAAAUAAGUUCGGUGUGUUGGGUGAUGGUUAUCAACGUUUCAGUGACGACUUAAUGAUAAACCCAGUACACUCAGCUGAUAUCGAGGUACAGCUCGACCAUGAAAGAGGUAAUUCAACUUUCAACAACAGAAGAAUUUCAUCAUUCCUUAAUUCUAGUCAUGUAGCAGAUACAGAAAUCGAACUAAACAAUCCCAACGAGUACGUCGAAGAUGAUUCGAAUAUGGAGAUGAUAUAUCACGAGGCAGCUAUAUUUUUAGAAGAAGGAAAAAAUAAUGAAAAAUUUGAUUCUCAUCCUCACGAAAGUGAAGCAUUACCACCUUAUUUAUUAGUACAUAACACAUGGUACUACAGUUUAGAUUUAUUUACAUCGAUAGUAUUAUUAGCCUUAGCUCUUGGAGAAGAUCCUGCAGUUCAGGCUUUCAAAAUGCCAGUAUUUCUUCACGCGUUCAUCGAAUUAGUUGCAUUAGUUAUUAUUGGAAUCGAGUUAGGAAUGAAAUUAAGAUGGAUCGGUUGGUUGACUAUUUUAAAACACAAAAGGACCAUGAUAAAGGGUGUUACAUUGACAGUCAUGUUAUUGGAAGUUUUCGUCGUAUUAUUCCGCCAAACAGCUCAUUUCCGAGUGACGCGAGCAUUAAGACCUAUAUUUCUAGUCGAUACCCAUCAUCUUGGCGGAGUUCGACGUUUCAUCAGACAAAUCUUACAAUCAUUGCCUCCAAUUAUUGAUAUGUUAAUGUUGAUAUUGUUUUUCGUGGCGUUAUUUUCGAUUUUGGGAUUUUUCUUGUUUUGCACUAACAAUCAUAAUUUCGCCACAUUAUACGACAGCUUCGUCAGUAUGUUCGUAUUGCUCACUACAGCAAACUUUCCAGAUGUCAUGAUGCCAUCGUAUGCAGAAUCACGUUGGUUUUCGUUGUUUUUCAUUUCCUACCUGUGCAUUGUUUUAUAUCUUUUAAUGAACUUGAUGUUAGCCGUCGUUUAUGAAACGUUCACUACUAUAGAGAAGGAGAAAAUGAAGAAAUUGUAUUUGCAUAAACAUAAAGGAUGUAAUUUAGCGUACGACUUGCUAGUAUCGAAGAAUAAUGCUAAACAAUUACGGUUUAAACUUUUCCAAGGAUUGAUGAGAUAUUUCGCGCCAAAAAAAAGUGAUCGAGACGUGGUAAUCAUCUUUAAAUAUUUGAACUCCUGCAAUACCGGAAUUCUAACCAAAGAUGAAUUUAAUAAAAUCUACGAUGCUGUUAUUCUUCGAUGGGAACCUCAAUACGCCAACAUUCCUUGGUAUCAUUCGGCAUGGAUGCCUUUGCAGAACGUUUGUCAAAUGGCCCAUACCAUUAUAUCGUUAAGAUAUUUCGAAUAUUUCUUCUACAUAAUAACUUUCAUGAAUGGUUUAACGAUGGCGAACCGAGCACUUUAUCAGUUCGAUAUUGAAAACCUGGAUGACUCUGCGGUGGCUUUUAGUGCUUCUUGGGAUACGGUGUUUUUCUCCAUAUUAUUUGGCAUCGAAGUGGCUAUGAAAAUGUUGGGACUGGGAACCAAGCAGUUUUUCAACUCUGGAUGGAAUACGUUCGACUUCAUUGCAACUUUGUUACCGAUACUCGGUUUAUUCAUAUUGAAUGUUUGGCCUCAUAGUUAUUACGUGGUAUUAUUCAGACCUCUGAAAAUGUUCAGAUUGUUCAAAAUGAAAAAAAGAUAUCGAGAUAUCAUCGGCACCGUUGCUCUGCUCUCACCUCUGAUCAAAUCUGCUUUCAUUGUGAUGAUCGUUGUGUAUUAUUUCUUUGCUAUAAUUGGCAUGGAAUUAUUUGCACGUUACGAUAUGAGGGACUGUUGCAAAGGUACUGUAGUAGAAGACUUCUAUCAGUAUAAAUUGACACCUAAUGGGACAACAUUGGGGUAUUAUUAUUUAAACACGUUUUCCAAUAUUGCUGUAAGUGCGGUAACACUGUUCGAGUUGACUGUCGUCAAUAAUUGGUUCAUUGUGAUGAACGGAUACGCGGCUGUGGUCCAUCCAAUUACUAGAAUAUAUUUCAUUAUGUUCUAUUUAUUCACCAUGAUUGUACUGACGAUUGUCGUGGCUUCUAUUUUGGAAGCGUUCAGAUUCAGGAUACAAUAUAAAAGACAGACGAGUAAAAGAGAUGAGGAGAAAAUGCUACACGAAGAAGUAGAUUUGAAAUGGGAAGAAAUCAUGAGUUGGAUCCAAGAUUUCCAAUUAUUGGAGAAAUUACGCCCCGAAUUAGUCGUUGGGGGCACCACGACUUUCAUAGGAAGUCGUCCUAGGAGCCGAGAAGUAUUACAAAGUCGUAUGUACAGAAAUGAAAUCGAAACCUGGCUGAGAGAUGCUUCAGCGGCCAGAGAAGCCAAUUAAUUCAGGAGUGUUGAUUAUACCCGGAACAAAAUUCCUCGUUUUAUUCGUUUUUAUACCAAAAUGUUUUAAUUUUUAAGGCAUAAAUACGUAGUCCACUGCAUUUUUUUUGUAACGCUUAUUAGUUGUUUGUACCAAAAGUUAGUUUUUAGUGUAUGUGUCCUGAUAUGGCAGCUUUAAUUUGUGUGUUUUUUGUGCGCUUGUUUUAAUUAUUUUUUUUCCACAUAUCACAUUGCUUAGUUUUAAUUUCGCGUACUUUUCCUAUUUGCUUUUCCUGUUUUUUCCUUUUUUUAAAAAAAAAACUACGUGAUCGAUGUCAGUAAUUUAUUGUUUUUAUUUGUAGUUGUUUCUGUUUCCUUUGUUUUGUUAUUAUUUUUAAUAGCGUAUAUUUUAUUAUAUUUUUUAAACUGUA